AUGAAUCUGGGAUAUUUGCUGAUGCUGUUUUUAUUGCUGUUGUUUCAAAGCUGUCUUUCUGUCCCCAUAUCACGUUUCUAUGACUUUGCAGGAUCAACAGGAGAUCAAACUUUUACUAAUGUCGAUGAUCAAUCCACAUCCUUAAAUCUGCAAAGUAACUUUGUCUUUUAUGGCACAAAUUUCAGUACCGUCUUUAUAAACAACAAUGGCCUCCUUUCAUUUUAUGCGGCGCAUAAUGAAUACACAUCUGCUCCAUUUCCUUUACCUCAAACACUCAUUGCUCCAUUUUGGGCUGAUGUAGACACACGCAAUGGAGCUGGAACAGUCUAUUACAGAGAAACUACUGCUAGUGCUAUUGUAAGCAAAGUGGCCCAGGAUAUUGCACUUGCAUUUCCAAACCAGCCUCCAUUUACAGCUAAGUCUGUUGUAAUAGUGACAUGGUCUGAAGUUGGAUAUUAUGAGGAGAAUGAUGACAAACACAACACAUUUCAAUGUGUCCUAGCUACUGAUGGAGGUCGCUCCUAUGUCAUCUUCCUUUACCUUGAUGAUGGUAUAAACUGGGUCACUGGUGAUGCAAGUGGAGGCUUAAAUGGCUUAGGUGGAACAGAAGCUUACGUAGGAUUUAACUUUGGAGGGCAAAAUGCCACAUAUUUUGCUGUGCAAGGCUCUAGGACACCAGCAGUGAUUGAUAUUGAAACUACCAGCAACGUAGAAGUAGCAGGACUUUGGAUCUUUCAAGUCAAUGAAGCUGAAAUUAUUACUUCUACAAUUGGGUCAUGUGGGACUCCAGAUCAGUUAUAUGCGAAUGCAACUAUUUUGAGCUACAACACUACAACUGUUAAUAGUACAGCUACAUACAGCUGUGAAAAUGGCUACAAUUUAGUUGGAGUUUCUGUAAGGACCUGUCAGAGCAGUGGAAAUUGGAGUGGGAGCCCACCUUACUGUCAGAUUGUAAAUUGCACUGAGCUAAUGGUUGAAUCCAGUGAAGGACUAAACAAUGCUGGAAUGGGUCCAUAUUCAAUUACUAUUAAAAUCACAACACCAGAAGAUGCUCCUUCAAGUGCUCCUGUAGACAUUAAAUUCAUCUUUAUUAAUUCCAGGACACUAUUUAUUCAGUGGGGUUUAAUACCAUUAUCAGAUCGUAACGGCAUUAUCAUAUACUACGAAGUUUUAGUCACUACUAAAGAAGAAACGUAUACUUAUAAGACAUGCGAUAGGAACAUCACAAUUGACUCUCUUCAGCCAUCAACUACAUACAAUGUCUCAGUUGCUGCCUUUACUAAUGGUAGAGGUCCUUUCAGUGAGCCUAUAAGUAUCACCAUGCCUGAUGAUGUACCAAGUGGAAUACCUCAGUCACUAAGUAUUACAUCAGCAACAGCUACUGGCCUCAAUAUUAGCUGGAACCCUCCUAGCGAAGAAGACAGGAAUGGCGAUAUCAAUGGCUACAUUAUUAAUGUUACUAAUACUGACACGCUAAUUACGACACAGUUUACUACUGGUAAUAAUGAUUUCAGUGUUAAUGACUUGGAACCAGACACAACAUACAGUCUGAGUGUUGCUGCUAGAAAUGCUAACGGAACUGGUCCUUUUACUUUACCAAUACUGAUAAAAACUAAUCAAUCAGCUCCCAGUCGGCCUCGUCGUUUAAGAGCUACUGCCAUCAGUCCAUCAAGUAUACUGUUAGGUUGGGAGCCUCCUGCUAAUCCUAAUGGUGAGAUCACAGCAUAUCAUAUUAGCAUAACUGAUGAAGAAACUGGCAAUGUUGUAAUACAAGAGACUAGUAACUUGACAUAUGUCAUUAUUACCGAUCUCACUCCAAAUAAUACUUAUCGCUGUCACGUGGCGGCUGCUACAACUUCCAUGGGUCCGGACUCUGAAUAUGUCUUCUUUAAUACUGAGGAAGAUAUUCCCUCUGCUUCACCAUCAUCUGUAAUGUCUACAGUAAUUAAUUCUACAGCUAUAACUGUCUCAUGGUCACCUCUAAAUCAAAGUACAACCAAUGGUGUCAUUCGUCAUUAUAAAGUCUCCAUUACCAAUGCUGUCACUGGAUCAGAAGAAAUCCUAACUACAACUAAUCCUAACCUUACAAUAGCCAUGCUCACCCCAUUUACUCAAUACAGAGUGAGAGUGGCUGCUUUCACUAUUGGCAAUGGACCAUAUAGCAAUCCAAUUACUGUUGUGACAGCGGAAGAUGUGCCAAGUGAUGCACCGGAAAAUUUUGACGUCACAAACAAUGGACCAACUUCU